UCAAUUGGAAGGGAUAGGAGCGGUGAUUGGCCGCCGGGCCGCCCUCCAGAAGGCCCCGGGGAAUCGCGUAGGCUGCGCACUCUAGGGGGAGGAGCGCAGCCCUGCGUCGGGACUCGCCGCUGUCCUAGUCCGCCCGUCCGCCAGCCCGUCCCUCUUGCAGCCCGCCUGUUAGGCAGGGCCGGCCCGGCCCGGCCAUGGAGUCCUACGACAUCAUCGCCAACCAGCCUGUGGUCAUCGACAACGGUUCAGGAGUGAUCAAGGCUGGCUUUGCAGGAGACCAGAUUCCCAAGUACUGUUUUCCAAACUAUGUCGGGCGGCCUAAGCACAUGCGGGUGAUGGCUGGAGCCCUGGAGGGGGACCUCUUCAUUGGACCAAAAGCAGAGGAGCACCGGGGGCUGCUGACCAUCCGCUACCCCAUGGAGCAUGGUGUGGUACGGGACUGGAAUGACAUGGAGCGCAUCUGGCAGUAUGUCUACUCCAAGGAUCAACUGCAGACCUUCUCCGAGGAGCAUCCUGUUCUUCUAACGGAGGCCCCACUCAACCCCAGUAAGAACCGGGAAAAGGCCGCGGAGGUGUUCUUUGAGACCUUCAAUGUACCAGCCCUGUUUAUCUCCAUGCAGGCCGUGCUCAGCCUGUACGCAACCGGACGCACCACAGGAGUGGUUUUAGACUCGGGGGAUGGGGUCACUCAUGCUGUCCCCAUCUAUGAGGGCUUCGCCAUGCCACACUCCAUCAUGCGGGUGGACAUUGCUGGCCGUGACGUCUCCCGCUAUCUCCGGCUGCUGCUGCGCAAGGAAGGAGCUGACUUCCACACCUCAGCUGAGUUUGAAGUCGUCCGGACCAUCAAAGAGCGAGCCUGCUACCUGUCCAUCAACCCGCAAAAAGAUGAGGCUCUAGAGACUGAGAAGGUGCAGUACACCUUGCCAGAUGGCAGCACGCUUGAAGUGGGCCCCGCACGCUUCCGGGCCCCUGAACUGCUGUUCCAGCCAGACCUGGUUGGGGAUGAGAGUGAGGGGCUCCAUGAGGUGCUGGCCUUUGCCAUCCACAAGUCUGACAUGGACCUUCGCCGGACACUGUUCGCCAACAUUGUACUCUCAGGUGGCUCAACGCUUUUCAAAGGCUUCGGUGACCGAUUACUAAGUGAAGUGAAGAAGCUUGCCCCAAAGGACGUUAAAAUCAAGAUCUCGGCCCCUCAGGAGCGGUUGUACUCCACGUGGAUUGGUGGCUCCAUUUUGGCCUCGCUGGACACUUUUAAGAAGAUGUGGGUAUCCAAAAAGGAGUAUGAAGAGGAUGGCUCUCGUGCUAUUCAUCGAAAAACUUUCUAAUGCCCAUGGAGGGUGGAGCAUGUUGGGAGGUGGGAUGAAAGGGCAGCCAGAGCCCUUGACACCUUUUGGUCUGGGCUCACAUUCUAGGCUUAAGCCCCUGCAUGCCCUGACCCCAGGCAGGUGGUACAGCAGUGCUCUCUUUAGCCCACCUCUUCCCUCCCCACAUGUGUGCCCACACUCAAAGUAACAUUUAGCUGCAUGGAUGGCAGUCUGAGGCCAGAGCAUAGGAAUUGAGCAGAGCAUAGGAAUUGAGGAGCCCAACAUUGGGUUGGUCUGAGUGUACCCCUUGGCAGGGCCAGUUAGGCCUAUGCUCCUUGCUCUAACUCUUGGAGCUGCUUCCUAAGCUCCAAGACCACACACCUGGACAUCCCAUUUCCUCUGACAGGCUCCCACCCAGGGCCAGAGUUCCUGGAUGCCAGGGGAGCAGGCUGAAGGAGGGGCAGCCAGCAACUGGUACAGUGAGGCAAAUCAAAGUAUCUCAUGCCACCUCCUCUUCAUGACCCAAGAAGACCACCCAAACCCUUCCACACUCUCCUCCUGUCUCACUGGGAAAAAGCCCUCCUGUAAUGCUGAGUACUGGGCAGUCCUACAUUCCCAGAAAGGGGGUGUGACCCAGUGUCAGUGUCAGAGCCAUGGACAGCCACAGCCAGCCACAGUUGGUGGUUUGCCGCACUCGCCUUCAAAGCACUUCAUUGACUUGCUGCUCUCUCUCCUUUACCCCAGUACCCUGGACAGGAAAGGGUUAAUUGUCUUAAUUUGUUAAGGGGAAGCCACUUAAUCAGGAGUCAGGCCCAAAGGGGGGAGGACAUACUUCCUUCUCACUUCCCUCAAGAAAAGGGUCUUCACUGUGGCCAGACCCCCACUCCUCUCAUACAUGUACAAUAACACAGUUGCCUGAACAAACCUUUUUUUGUAAAUCAUUAUAGUAAUAAUUAUGGACAAGGCCCAAUGUGUGGCUCUGUUUUCUUGUGGCUGUAUGUGCUGGUUGCUUACCUGUCCCUGGGGACUUUUAGAGAAAGGACCGGAGAGGAUGCAGCUCAGCAGUGACACUAGCUCAGAAGCAUGAGGCCUUCAGUGGUUGGCAGGGCAACAAGGCACAGGAGGAACCAGAAGGCCGGGCUCCCUGGAGCAGAAUUCUCUAGCCUGGUUACCCCUUUGCUGGGACCCACCAGGGGAGGCAGAGAACAAGGCCUGCCUUCCCCGCCUUGUUCCUAAAUAGGCCCAUGUGCAUCACUUCCCCUGUUCUCAUUGAAUACCUGGACGAGUCCUGCUCAGACCACUGAGGCAGCCUGUUGCCAGCAGUGAUGCAGGCUCAUCAAUUCAGGCAGGUCAGGAUGGGAAGCAAAGGAGUCUAGGAAUUAAUGGGUUGGGAGUGAGCUGACUCCACAGGAACAGGCUGAGAAGCAAGCAAGAAGGGUGCUAGAGGCAGAGGGCUUUUAACAAAUGAUUUGGGAGAGUACCUAAAGCAGCUCUUGGAGGGUGCCACAUGUUUAGGGCCAAUGGUAAAAUUAAGAUCUAUCUCUUGCCCCAAUAAACGUACAGGUCAGGAAAGAAAGACACACUGGCCUUUUCAGUUGAGGGGGCCAACAGCAGAGGUAUCUAAAUCAACAGGUGGGGCAGGUUGACUUGAAAGGACCUAGGGGCGUCAGCCAGGAAUGGGGAAGGUUCCAGGAAUAGGUUAGGGCUCAAAGAGAUGCCUUGGACAGAGGUGCUAGAGAAAAGGUCAAGUCAGCAGGGAAGAGUAAAUGGUCUGUGGUGGCUCAGUGUGGUAUAGACCAAAGAGGUCUGGUGGCCACCACGUGGAGAGGGCUCUUAGCUAUGUCUUAGGCCAGGCAGCAAGCCACAGGAGUAUGGUGACCAGAGCCAAGUGUUGAAGGCAGUUGAGGUGAGGGGCCAAAGGAAAACCUAGAAGUGAGAUCAGGCAGGAAGAGAGAAAGUACUGAAUUAGGCUGUCUGUGCAGGGCAUUUUGUGAGGGCUUUUGGUCACAGUGCAGUGUCAGCUUUUACACAAAAACCUCAUUAGGUGGCCCUGUAGACCAGUUCAUCCUGUUUGUUCAAGGUACCACUGGCUCCUAACACCCAGGUUUGGAACCUUAUCACUUGACUCUUCUCUCUCUUCCUUAUCUUCCUCACAUUCUGUCAGUCACAUAUUUGUGGCCUCUUGUGGAGACCUCUCAUACUUGCCCUUUUCCACUGGGGCCAUUACUAGCCUAGCUGAUGACCAUGGCUCCAUUCUCCUACUCACCCAAUCAUUUGCCCUUAGUUCUCAUGUCUGGACAACUACUCCAAGUAUCAAGCAAUACUCCAGUGCCUUGUGAAAUAAAACUUAAUUGGUAUGAUGCUGGCAAAAAUCACCCUCAUGAAUCACACAUGUUGUGUUUGGUUCAAGCCCCUUGAGACCCAUUCCUUCCCAGUCUUUGUGUCCUGCUUCUCCUGCCAUCCUCUGCUCAUGCUAUUCUCUCCAUGGUAAUGAUUUUCCCUUUUAUUUGCCAAAACCCUGCCCUUUAAGACAAAGUUGAGUGCAGCAGCAUCCUACCUUCCACCAGGUUGAGCUCAUGGUGUGCCAGGCUGCUCUAUAUUGGAAGAAAGCUACAGAGGAAGAAGGUAAAUGACUAGGAGUAAACCUUGUGGUUGGAAUUGGAGGUAUUAUGACAUGGUUUUAUUGGACAUAAUAGGUAGAUACUGAAAUAAAUGUACAUCUGUUUGUAAGCACCAGGGUUAAAAUAACAUACAUGCAUUUCCUAGCCCUGUUUGCUGACAGGGCCUGGAAGCACUGACAUCCCGGGUAACAAUGAGCAGAUGGUGUCCAGGUCUUGGAUUUCUAAAUACUAUCUUUUGAUUCCCUAGGAUGGGAAAUACAAGAUGUGCCUAGAAUGUCUUGUAACACUAUAAGGUAAGCACUUGAAGAAAGGGCUUAUCUAAAGGAUGCAAAACCAACCUGAAGGAGCACCCCUUGUUCAAAUCUGUAAGGAAUUAUAAAUCAUCUAGCAAAAUAUACAUGUGUUUGAGCACCUGCGCAUGCCCUACUUGGACUGGCCAAGGCAACCUGGUGCCAGCAGUGAUAAAGUCUGGUCAGCUCAGGUCAGGACAGGAAGGGAGGGAGGCCAGGGAGUGAUGGGCUGGGAGUGAGCUGGCUCCCCAGAAACUUACUGAUAUAAAUGAUUGGAGAAAUAUAUACAUGGGGAAAAAGGAACAGCUCUUCUUUCAGUAGGAUUCCAAUUAAUGGAAUGAUGGAAGAAGAAAGGAUACUGUUGGGCAAACACAUUAUUACAGGCAAAAAUGGAUGCAAAAGUUAGUUGGAAAAAUAAGAAUAUUUGCAUUGUCUUAGAGUAUCUCUCCACAAGGUACUAAUUGCAUAAGGAAAAGUCACUUUAUGGUAGAGAAAUAUGGUAGACACCACCUUAGCCAAGUGAUCAAAGUUUACAGUAAUAAGCCAUUGUCUCUUGAUUCACUAAGAAGGGCCCAAUUUUCUCUGGUAUUCUUUUAAAAAAAAAA